GCUUCAGAACGCGGUGUAUUAUGGUUGCACACCAAACAAACCUCUCUGCGGAAUCUUUUCGGAAUUCGUAAAUGUGUAUCUCAAAUCUGAUCGCGUGAACCCACCAAAAAAGGAUUUUGUAUUUUUCCCCUCGUUUGGAUUAAAUCGGCACACAAAUUUUCAAUCAAAGGAUAAUCGUCAAGCCAUCCGUAAUUUCUACGAAUCGUUGUGGAGGUCAUUGGUGAUUGAUGUCAGAUAAUUCUGUUUAAUCAGGCAAUUUACUCCAAGAUUAUAUUAGGAAUGUUCUGAUAUGCUAUUUUAGUAAAUGAUCGCUAUGCAUUGAUGCCAGAUAUGCUGUAAAGUCAAGUAAAGAUACCAUAUUUUCUCAAUUUGCUAAAUUCGAUCGGUUAUAAAGAUUCAGAUCCUGCAUUAGUAGUUUCUGAAGCUGCAAGUAAAAGAAAGAAACAUCAGUGGCUUUUAGUGGUAAGCGAUAAUAAGAUGGCUAAUGGCAAUUUGAUUCAAUUGUGAUUUUCUGUGACCUGAUAAGCUUAUUGCUCUUGAUAAUCGACUUGCUUUCUGCUCGUUCAGGUUAUAGUUUACCUGCCUUGAAUUUAUGUUAACUUUUGUGUGUUGUUGACUUGUUUCUAUUUGAAGAUGCCCAACUUUCUUCUUUGUUAGCCCAUGGGGUAGGGGAUGGUUUUUUAUCGCACCGUGUUAAUCAGUCGAACAUUGUUGCCUUUUUGGAUUGGAAGUGGAUUUUGGGCAUCGUUACAAAUUAUUUUGUGGCGUGAUAAAGCUUAUUUUUGCAUCUUUCAUCUGAUAAAUCAGUUCAACAAAUAGGGUGCUUUUUUAGUGUUUACGAUAAUGAAGAUUUUGACUCGUUAGAUUAGAAAAUGAGCUCUUGAGAUAUGGUAGUUUCCGCUUUGCAUACAGUGAAUUGACGAAAGACAAAUUUAUUUCUUAGUUUUAUGUGAGAAGUUAGUUUCGAGUUUUCUUCCAUCUAACUAGUAAUUCCAUGGUGUUUUCUUUGGUUUCUUCGGUUAGCUAUGGCUCUGCUUUCUGAUUUCUUGAAUUUACAGAAUCUUACUACUGUUCCAUGUUUUUCUGUCGCCGUUUAGAUUAAAUUUCUAUUCAUCUUUACUUUCUUGCGUUUUUGGUGGAGCUUAAAUUGGUAUGCUAAUGAAUUCGAUAUUAGUAACGAAUGACACCGUGCAAUAGAUGGCUAGUAGGAAAAGAAGCAUCAUAUCGAAUGAUUCAGAUGUGUCUUCUGCACUAUACAAGGAAUGGGAUGAAGUUUCAUGCCCCAUAUGCAUGGACCACCCACACAAUGCUGUUCUUCUCAUUUGCAGUUCCCACGACAAUGGCUGCCGCUCGUACGUCUGCGACACUAGUUACAGACACUCUAAUUGCUUGGAUCGGCUCAAGAAACGCAAAGAAGAAAACGCAGACUCCUCUUCUCCAGGUUCUAUCCAAGAAGGCCGUCCCGAUUCUGUCGGGGAAAGUAAUGUAGGGUCGAAUUUGCGGUGCCCUUUGUGUCGGGGAAGUGUUUUGGGAUGGAAAGUCGUGGAAGACGCGAGAAAGCACCUUAACCUGAAGUCCCGAAGCUGCUCGUCGGAGUCGUGCUCGUUUUUCGGGAACUACCGGGAGCUGCGCCGGCAUGCUAGACGGGUUCAUCCGACGGUGCGCCCGGCUGACGUCGACCCGUCGAGGCAACGGGCGUGGCAUCAUCUUGAGGACCAGCGGGAGUACAACGAUAUCGUCAGCGCGAUCCACUCGGCCAUGCCCGGGGCAGUUGUGUUCGGAGACUAUGUGAUCGAGAAUGGUGACAGGCUGGCGGCUGAACGAGACAGAGACAGAGGCGGCGGUGGCGGGGGUGGGGGGCGGUGGCUGAGCACCUUCUUCUUGUUCCAUAUGAUUGGCUCGAUGGACUCGCGGGGAGGCGGCGAUGCGCGGGGAGGCAGGCCGAGGGUGUUUCCUAGGCAUCGACGCGCCGGUGGGAUAUUCUCCCGGCGACGAUACAUCUGGGGUGAAAACCUGUUGGGUCUUCGGAACAAUGACGACGAUGGUGGCGAUGUGCCGGACCUGAAUCGCGGCAAUGACGGUCCUACGAACCCGAGAAGGCGGCGGCGGCUGAACGGCGGCGGAUCGUCGGACGGCGGUAGAUAAAAGCAUCAUCCGGUAGUCGGAUUUGUCUACGCUAGUUUGUACUCAAUGUGCAUUCCCUCUUGAGAAGAAACCAAGUGAUGAAUGAAUGCUGCUGGAAAGAAUGCCGUAUAUAUAUAUAUAUUAUUUAUAGUUACUAAUAUUUUACUGCUGCUUUAUUUGAUUUCAGUUAAAAAGGAAAAGUAAAAUAAAAUCUGCACGAACAUAUAUAUAUAUAUAUAUUAUUUUAUGUAUGUGUAGUAGGAAUGGAUUGGCACUUGUGCAGUGCAUUAUCUAUGGUUGCUUUUA